GAUUUGUUCUUUUUGAACGAAUCGUUCACUCACUUGCCAACACUAGUGUUGUGUCGGCACCUCACGUGCUUAGCUAGUGCGGGAGCCGAUUUUGUAUUGAUUCUCAUAUAUGUCCAAUUCGAAACAGACACCGGACCAUGGCGACUUUUCUGAGGGGGAUCAUCAAUUUCUCUAAGCAGUGGUUUGCGUUAACAGUUGACACUGAAAGGUGUAGGAGAAUUAUCCAUCUGUCACCUUCAAGACUGGAAGACCACCACUCUGAUGACAAAACUGAAUUGUCAGAGGCAGCCUAUGAGAAGCUGGCUGAUGAGACGCUUUAUGCGCUGGCUGAUUACUUUGAAGACUUAAUGGAUGAACCUUUCACUGGACCAGAGUAUGAUGUUGUGCUCUCUAGCGGUGUGCUGACAGUCAAGUUGGGUGGUCACCAUGGAACCUACGUGAUCAACAAGCAAACGCCAAACAGACAGAUUUGGUUGGCUUCUCCAACAAGUGGACCAAAACGCUACAAUUGGACAGGAAGUGGUUGGGUCUAUACUCAUGAUGGCAUCAGCCUGCACCAACUCCUGUCUGAAGAGUUUUCUGCCAUCUUCAAAAAGAACAUGGACCUCUUUGGCCUGCCCAAGUCCUGAUAUGUCAAGCCUUAUUCUGUUCUGCUAUGAGUUCUAUGGAUAACAGAAUUAAUAUAAACCUUUAUUUGACCAUCUGUU